AUGGACAGCCUCCCCAUCGCAGAUACGCUCUCGAGCAUCAGCUCGAACCCUUCUCGAGCGGAUAUUGGUCUCACCACCGGCACGACCGACUGGCUAUGGGCCGUUUUCGCGCUCAUGUUCACGUCUUCCGUCGUCUUUAUCGGCUGGUCGUUCACGCGCCCCCUCGGUACCCGCGUCUUCCACCAGAUCCCUGUCAUCAUUCUCAUGACGGCGAGCAUCGCCUACUUCUGCAUGGCUAGCAACCUCGGUGGUACUCCCAUUCCCGUGGAAUUCAACGGCGUUGGUCGCACCCGGGCGAUCUGGUACGUGCGGUACAUCGAUUGGACGAUCACGACGCCGCUGCUUUUGCUCGAGCUUCUGCUUGGCACAGGCCUUCCUCUGUCCGAUAUCGUCACUCUCAUCUUCUUCGACCUCGUCAUGAUUAUCACCGGUCUCAUUGGUUCGCUCGUUGCUAGCGCGUACAAAUGGGCUUUCUUCACCGGAGGCAUGCUCGCAUUGUUCUACAUUUGGGCUGUUCUCAUCGGUGGCGCCCGCACAUCUGCCCACCUCAUCUCACCUGCCGCUGGACGCGCGUUCACCGGCUCCGCCCUUUACCUGAGCUUCAUCUGGCUUCUCUACCCGAUUGCGUGGGGUCUUGCUGACGGCGGAAACGUUCUGCACCCCUCUGGCGAGAUGAUCUUCUACGGCAUCCUCGAUCUCCUUGCCAAGCCCGUCUUCUGCUUUUGGCACGCCGCGCAGAUGCGCAAGAUCCCUUACGAGUCGUACGCACUCAGUUCCGGCAAGGUCUCUUCGGGUCACGGCGCUCUCCAGGCUGGUGCUGUCGGAGCUGCUGCGGGCGCCGCGGCGACUCACCAUCAUGAGAAGCAUCCGGUUACCAACGGAGUUGCCAACGGUCACAAUGGUGUCAUGAACGGCAAUGGGGUUGCGAGCGGCCACAACAGUGUCGCCGGUGACGCGGCGAACGGUCAUGGUCAUCAUGCCGCCACGGACGCUGCUGCCGGUGCUACUGUAGGCGCUGCUGCUGAGCAUCAUCACGACCGUGUCCACCCGAAUGGGUCGAGCGUCACGAAUGAUGAUGCGCCCAUCACGUCCGGAGCGAGCGAGUCUGCCCCUGGCUACGUCUCUUCUGCUCACGACUCAUCUGUCACCGGUGCCCGCCUCGCUUGA